AUGGAUUCCGGAUGGCAACCCUAUCAGGAUCCCCUGAUGGGUCGUCCCGCGCAGUUCAAUACCGGAUUGGCUAGCCAUCCCCAGCAAGCCUCAAAGUACGGUCAGCCACCACAGUCACAGCCCCCCGUCGGAUACACCUACGAGACAUUUCAAACUCCUGGCACCUCGUCCAAGGCACCUUCCACCGGCCCAAACUCCAAGCCGGUCUCCAUGGCCUCGUCUCCUACAGCCACGCCACGUAGUCGGGAUUAUGUCACCGAUGCCGACACCACCAUGGAGGACGCCGACCCCUACAACCGCGCCAAGUACCCAUCGAGGCCAACCCAUCACAGUCGCGCCUCGUCCCAAUUUCUGAACCAGGCUGAAGAAUCCUCGGCCGCUCGCAGAUAUUCGCCGAUGAACGCUCUGUCGCCGCCGAUGUCAUACCCAACGAGCCCCGGGAAGCAGGGCUCGGGCUCGUACUUCUCGCCCUCGUCAAAUCAAUCGCGACGGUCGCCGGGUCGAGCGGGAGACUACUCGUCUCCGCCACAAGGUUAUCAAUCGCCGCCUUCGAAUCGCCCCCCUAGACUUCCCCCCUUCAAGCGUCCGACCUCAGCCCCGAUCAGUAUUAUCCACCCUCCGCAGGCUCUCACCUCGGGAGUGCAUUUACGCCUGAAACUCGAUCUCCAAGAUCUGGCUCCUUGCCGUCCCAAGUUCCAGGCCGAGCCGGCCUAUCGACGGGCAAACCCAGAAGGUGGCUUCAUCAGCCCACUUCACGCCUUAACUAGUCACCUCCCCGCGACCUAUCGUAUUUGCAACCCGAACUUUAACUACGAGUCAUCCAGGAACCCGCGCCGGGUGUUGACAAAGCCUAGCAAGGGUACCAAGAAUGAUGGCUAUGACAAUGAGGACAGUGAUUACAUUCUCUAUGUCAACGACAUUCUGGGCAGUGAGGAGGCCGGCCACAAGAAUCGCUACCUUAUUCUCGAUGUACUAGGUCAGGGUACCUUCGGUCAGGUUGUGAAAUGCCAAAACCUGAAAACUCAAGAGGUUGUGGCAGUUAAGGUUAUCAAAAACAAGACCGCCUACUUCAACCAAAGCAUGAUGGAGGUUUCCGUCUUGGAUCUGCUGAAUAGCAAAUACGACAAGAACGACGACCAUCAUCUCCUUCGUUUGAAGGACACCUUCAUCCACCGCCAGCAUCUUUGUCUUGCAUUUGAAUUACUCAGCGUUAACCUUUACGAGCUCAUUAAGCAAAACCAGUUCCGAGGACUAAGUACAACCCUGGUUCGUGUGUUUGCGCAGCAGUUAUUGAAUGCGCUCAGUCUCUUGAACAAGGCCCAUUUGAUCCACUGCGAUCUGAAGCCUGAGAAUAUUCUCUUGAAGAAUCUCGAAAGCCCAAUCAUCAAGGUCAUCGAUUUCGGCUCUGCGUGCGACGAGCGCCAAACUGUCUACACAUAUAUUCAAUCCCGGUUUUACCGUUCGCCGGAAGUUCUGCUUGGCCUCCCCUACUCCUCCGCAAUCGAUAUGUGGUCUCUUGGGUGCAUUGUCGUUGAGCUCUUUUUGGGAUUGCCUCUGUUCCCUGGCUCUUCUGAAUAUAAUCAAGUCUGUCGAAUUGUCGACAUGAUGGGAUUGCCUCCAGCAUGGAUGUUGGAGAUGGGUAAACAAUCGGGCGAAUUUUUCGAGAAAACGCAGGAUGAAUUCGGGCGAAAGACCUACCGUCUCAAGAGUUUGGAGCAAUACUCACGAGAACACAAUACCAAGGAACAACCCAGCAAGAAGUACUUCUCUGCCUCGACACUGGAGGAGAUCAUUCGAAGCUACCCCAUGCCGAGGAAAAACAUGAAGCAGAAUGAGGUCGAGCGAGAGUUGAACAACCGCGUUGCCUUCAUUGAUUUUGUCCGCGGUCUUCUGUCCAUCAACCCCCUUGAACGAUGGUCACCCCAGCAGGCCAAAUUGCAUCCGUUUAUCACACAGCAGAAGUUCACGGGUCCAUUUGUUCCCCCAAUGAACUUGAAGUACGCAACUAUCAACAAGACCGUUGCUCCGGGUGUCCAGCAACAGCAACAAGCGGAAGCUACUAGCAAGCAGAGAGCAGCGCAGGCGGCGCAGGCACAGUCUGUGCAAGCACAAGCUGCGUAUCCGGUGCAAAUGAACCCAUACCAGCAGCAUACCCCGACCCAUGCGCAACCUCCUCCGCCUCCCCCCAUGUACAAUGGAAUGUAUCAACAGCAGGGUGCGGUCCCACCGCCGCCUUACCCCACACAGCCUCCUGGGUACACUAGCCAUCAAAUGGGUAUGAUUCCAGGUGGAUCUCCUGGUCAAAUUCCCCAGCCGCAGUACGGUCAAGGACAGAGUCUGUACGCUCAAGCGACAACGCGCGCUGGUCGUCAACGUGCAUCAACCAUGGAUCCGCAAGGUGGCAUUCCUCCGACGAUCCAACGUGUGGCAAGCCACCUGGAUCCCAAUGCUCCGAUUCGCUUACAGCCUAGCCCUGCCUACUAUCCUCCCCCUCCCGAUGGCUAUGUGGACGCCAAUGCCCAACGCCGCCGCGGUAGCCGGACUGGAGGGACCAGCAAUAACAGUAGCAAUGGCAACGGCAACGGAAACCAACGAAACCGAGACUUCAUCCGCACCCUCGAGGAUGGGGUUUUGGGUGAAGGAUAUAUGGGCCAAAACCAGUGGCACUAA